AAAAAACUCACACAAAUUCAACAGAAUUUUCCAAUACUUCGUGUGUAUGUGUAUGUGUAUAUUUCUCUGACAAAUGCCAGGAACUAUACAACUUUCAGUUCUGGCUCUUAUUGAUGAUGUUCAGACAUCUUCUCCAGGUUCUUCAAACGCUUCCAUUAAAGUUGCAAUGGGGAAGCUAGAGUAUCGAACUUCUGAUUCCGGAGACUAUAUUUUUCCAGUAACGAGGCUCCGAGAAAAUUUGAUUGUUACUCUGUUAGAUGUCAAUGGGAACCGAAUCUUAGACAGAGAGAUAGAGACCAGAAUGAUCAUAGAGAGUGGUUUCUUGGAAGAGAAACUUUCAUUCAAAGGCUAUGGAAAUGUCCAAUUGAAAAUGCAGUUUGUUCUCACUGACGAAGAUAGAACCCGCAUACGUUUUCUGAGACAAUCAGCAUUGCGAAAGAAGCAUGAGGAGCUCGUCAAUGGCACUUCUUUUACCAAAUCUAAAAGCAUUGCUUCAGAUCUGUCUUCUUUAAGUCCAAUGCACACCCGAGAAAUCGUGGCUGCUGCUCAUCCUAAGAAAAAUCUUGAUCUCUCUCAAGAAACCGCACUUCAAAUUAGUGCAGAUAAAGAACCAGUUUCGUCAAAUCUUAUAAUGUGGAAACCUGAACUAAAGGAUACUGUUCAACCAAAAAAAGAAGAGAAACCAAAAAUUCAACUAUCUUCUUUAGAUGUUUCUUCAAGCAAGAAGCUUCCGGAGGUUAAAAAACCGGAGAGUGUGUCAUUAGUGAAGCAAGAAGAUAAGAGUUUGAGCAUACCGGAAAGAAUUCCUAAACGGAAGCCAAUGAGGCGGAGUAUGUCAGAGACAAACUUGAGCAAUGUGCGUAAAAUGAUUAGCAACUUUGAGGUCAAAGUUACUCAGGAUACAAAAUUUCAGACUGCAAAGAUUCAAACUAGCUCUUGUAAAGAUGUGGAGGAGAAAACUAAGGCGCAGCCACAACAAGAAAGCGCUGUGAAUCUAGAGAAACCGGAAGAAAAGAAGAUAGGCUUGAGGGAUAUGGAGAAGCCAGUGUGUAGAGAGGAUACAGAGAGAUGUAAUGAUUUAUUUAUAGUUUCAAGAGAUGAAAGGAAAGUAAUUAUGGAGGAGAAGAGUCUUGAACAGAGUAAAAGAAGAAGUGACUCGUUAAGUAAGCAGAUGAGAAAAAGAAGCUCUGUGGUAGAAGAAGUAAGAGAUGAUGAGAAGAAACCAAACAAAACUGUGCGUUUGAAGGAUUCUCAACUUGAGAAUGCACGAGGAUCCCGUCUAUGGAUAUUUCCAGAUGAGGCAAAAGAUUUGUCUUGCGAAAGAACAGAUUGUGGAACAAGACAUUUGGAUAUGGCAAAGGCAACUUUGUUACAAACGAACAGAGAAGAAUCCAAUAGUGAAAACAUCGGUGAGAGGGGAAGCCGCUGCAGAAGUAUCGCCAAAGUGGAUAGCCACAACAAGUGGAAGAGUAUUGAGAGAUCAAAGAAACACAAGUCUGAGAAUUCUACAGAUUCAGACGAUUCACAUGGACCUGUUGGGCAGGUAAUGCGUGCGUUGAUCGUGGCGGGGUUUGCAGGGUUAGUGUUUUUGACACGGCAAAGAACUUAAACAGACGACCUGCAUUUUGAGAUGGUAAUAUUGGAUCAAUUCUUUUUUGAUACCAGAGUAUCAGACUUGUUAUACAUAUAUUAUUAAUUUAUUAUUGCACAUAAUAAAAAAAUUCAAUUAUGCUUA